AUGGCUUCUGGAGACAAGCGCUCUUCCGAAGGCGGGGCUGCCUUUAAGGAAGACGCCGAGCGCAGCCAUAGCAGGGGCACUCGCAAUGCCUCCGUGGUCAGUAGUACUCACAUGUCGGCCGCGGACCGUGCUCGCCGCAAUGCCAAUGCCAAACUCGCCAACCCUCUGUCUGGAUACAGCCGUCCCCAGCUGGAGAAGAUGGGACGAGACUAUGCACUACAACAUGCGCUAGCCGAACCCGAGGAUAUCCGCGCUUUCGAAAUCGGCGCCAUCCUCGCUCAGGACCCAUUGGCCUACGAUCGCCUGGGCACCGAUACCCUGUCAGAGGAGGAAGUUUCAACGCUGUACCAUGAAUUCACCAACAAAUGGUCCCAGCCCAAGACUCUGUAUAUUGUCAUUGUCUGCUGUUCCGUUUGCGCUGCAGUCCAGGGAAUGGACGAGACUGUCGUCAAUGGUGCACAACUCUUCUACACCCCGCAAUUCGGCAUUGCCAACGAAGGCGAGGCGCGCUCAACUUGGUUGACUGGUCUCUGCAACUCGGCCCCGUAUCUUUGCUGCGCUUUCAUCGGCUGCUGGUUGACUGUUCCGUACAACAACUGGUUCGGUCGUCGUGGCACCAUCUUCAUCACUUGCCUGUUCUCUGCGAUUGCCUGUUUCUGGCAGGGCUUUGUCAACACCUGGUGGCACAUGUUCGUAGCGCGUUUCAUGCUCGGCUUCGGUAUUGGCCCUAAAUCCGCAACGGUCCCAAUCUACGCGGCAGAAUGCACCCCUCCGGCAAUCCGUGGUGCGCUGGUCAUGCAAUGGCAAAUGUGGACCGCGUUCGGUAUCAUGCUUGGUUACGUUGCUGAUCUUGCGCUGUACAAAGUCCCGGAUACUGCUGCCGCCACCGGAUUGAACUGGCGUUUGAUGAUGGCGUCCGCCAUGCUGCCAGCUGUCGUCGUCUGCUGCUUCGUCUUCUUAUGUCCUGAGUCGCCUCGUUGGUAUCUCAGCAAGGGCCGCCACGCUGCUGCCUACCACGCCAUGUGUCAACUGCGCUACAACAAGGUCCAGGCGGCUCGCGAUCUGUUCUAUAUGGCUGAGCUUCUGAAGGCUGAAGAGGGCAUGAAGAUUGGCCAGAGCAAGAUCAUGGAAAUCAUCACCGUGCCCCGCAACAGACGUGCGAUGAUUGCUUCGGAGAUUGUCAUGUUCAUGCAGCAGUUUUGUGGAGUCAACGUCAUCGCUUAUUACUCGUCCUCGAUUUUCCGCGACAGCGGUUUCUCCUCGAUAUCUGCCCUUGCUGCGUCCCUCGGAUUCGGCAUUAUCAACUUUUUAUUCGCUAUUCCCGCCAUCUAUACCAUCGAUACUUUUGGGCGCCGUAACCUUCUGCUCACGACGUUCCCGCUCAUGGCGAUCUUCCUGCUCUUCACGGGCAUGUGCUUCUUCAUCUCCAACGAAGGCUCGGCUCUUAGGGUUCGUGUCGGCCUGAUUGCUCUGGGCAUCUAUCUGUUCGGUAUCGUCUACUCUCCCGGUGAGGGUCCGGUACCAUUCACAUACUCUGCUGAAGCAUACCCGCUAUAUGUGCGUGCGUACGGAAUGUCGCUUGCGACGGCUACCACGUGGUUUUUCAACUUCGUGCUCUCGAUCACGUGGCCUUCGCUUCAAGCUGCAUUCACACCUCAGGGUGCGUUUGGCUGGUACGCUGCAUGGAACGUCGUCGGCUUCUUCCUCGUCCUCUUCUUCUUGCCCGAGACCAAGGGAAAAACCCUCGAAGAACUUGACCAAGUCUUCAGUGUACCCACCAGCAAGCAUGCUGCCUACGGCCUUCGUCAGAUUCCGUACUUUAUCAACCGCUACAUCUUCAGACGUAAGGUUGAGCCUGAGAUUCUGUACCAGGUAGAGGAUGUUCACGCUGGUGGCGACCCCGAGGACCUCGCUGGUGACACGGAUUCGGGAUCCAAGGUUAGAGAGACCCGUAACGGCACAUAG